AUGGCCGAUCCUGUUGGCCUCGCAUUCAGUGCCCUGACGGGCAUUCACGCGGUUUACAAGUUUUGUGCCGACUAUCGUGGAGUGGAUGCGCAUAUUGCCGAGACCAAACGCCAAUGCAACAAGACAAUGGAGCUGCUCGACGAGGCUCGGUCCAGCCGCGUCAAGCUGCGACACGCAGGGCACAGGACCGAGGCCCUGGACAGCCUGUUCCGGGCGGAGCACGAGGCGUGGGAGACGCUACACGAGAUAGACAACAAGCUUCUCCGGAAGGUGGAUGCCGACAACUCUGGCCUGAGAAAGCUCUUCGGCAAGAUGCAAUUUACGGAGAACGGCCCUAUGAAAAAGAGGAGCUACAAGCUGCUACAUAGCCUCGAGAGCUGCAACCAGCGGCUCGAAUUUGCCAAUACUAGAGCCCCCGGCAGUGGCUCGGAGCCGGAUGCGCGUUAUUGGGCGAUGCGCGCUGGGCCGCAACAGGGCGCCGACGCUGCCGUGGAGCGGAUGCUCCAGGCCCAGCAGGUCAUCGGCCGGAACACCUCUAACAACCGGCGGCGUUGA